AGGUGGAAAACAGGGAAGAGCAAACUCCAAACACGUUUCUUCUCCUCCUCCCACUUUUCUGUUUUCCCGUAUUCAAGGACUUCAUCCUUCAUUCAAGUCUCCUCUAACUCUUCACCACCGCCUCCCAACCCACCCGAAAAAAAAAUAAAGAGGAAAAAACCCACUUCUUUUCUUCUUUACUGCGUAGAUAUAGAAGUUAGUAAUUGGCGGUAGAUUGUUGAAGGGAGAAGAAAGCGAGGAACUUUUAUCUCAAAGAAUUCCAAGGACGCGUCUAAGAAGAAGAAAGAAAGGCUUUUUGACUCUUCAAACAAAUUCUUAUUCUUGAUCUGGUCGGCAGCUGGCUGGCUGCUGAUCAUAUAUAGUUUGAAGCAAAAUUUGGAUUGGUCGGGCUGUCAAUAGAUUCUUUAUAUUGACAGCCCGAUUUUCUAUUUCUUGAAGGCGAUACCCCACCAAAUUCAAACAGGUGGAAUUGUGAAAUUGAAAUUUGACUGGAGUUGUUUGCUGUGUAUUUGAACGAGACAUUGUGAAACUUGAAAGCCAUCAAUACUAUGGGUACCUUGUCUGGGAACCUUCAAAGGCCCAUAAUUGCAGCCUCUGCUGUUUGCAUAGCUUCUAUUUCAUCUGAUUUUCGUGAAAAAUUUUGGCCGAAUAAAUCAUCAGAAACAUGUUCUUCCUCAGAACAAUCGAGUUCGUCUUCGUCUUUGUUAUCUGUUUCGUUAGAUGCACAAAAAUCAUCUUGGGUGUCUAAGGUAUCAGUAUCAAAGCUUGCUAACUUGGCAUUUGCGACAAGAAUUCGUGUUCCCGUGCCUGACAUAUAUAGCCGCAUACCUGUCUCAAGUUCUUGCUCUUUUCCUGGAUGGUUAUAUUCGUCUGUAGCCUCGUCCCCUGCUUUAAUUAACUCAUAUCAAUCGGCUGAGUUGGCGAAAGCCGCCAAGCCGGCUUCUUACGUGUAUGAUGUGAAUUCCUCACCAUCAGAGGUAUUGUAUAGAUGGCAUUUGCCAGAGCCAAAGGCUGUUGAUGUAUCUGGUAGUUCUGAUUGUUCAUCAGUAAAAUCUAGGACAGUGGUGGUUUUGCUUGGGUGGUUAGGUGCAAAGCAGAAGCAUCUGAAUAGAUAUGCAGAGUGGUACACCUCGAGAGGUUUUCAUGCCAUUACGUUUACAUUCCCAAUGUCCGAGAUUCUAAGCUAUCAAGUUGGAGGAAAAGCUGAGCAAGAUAUAGAAUUGCUUGUUAACCAUUUGGCUGAUUGGUUGGAAGAGGAUGGGAAGAACUUGGUAUUUCACACUUUCAGCAAUACAGGGUGGUUGACAUAUGGUGUUGUCUUGGAGAAGCUUCAGAGAAGUGAUCCAAACUUAAUGGGAAGGAUUAAGGGCUGUAUUGUGGAUUCUGCUCCUGUUGCAGCUCCUGAUCCACAGGUCUGGGCUUCUGGAUUCUCUGCAGCUUUUCUGAAAAAGAAUAGUGUUGCAACAAAAGGUGCAACGAGUGAGCAAAGUGCAAAUAUGUCAAAAAGAAACAAAACUAUUGUGGGAGAAGCCAAGCCUGAGUUGACUGAAACUGCACUCUUAGUGGUCCUCAAGAAGUUUUUUGAGGUGGUUUUGAAUCUUCCUACAGUAAAUAGGAGGUUGUCUGAUGUUCUUAGUUUGUUGACAUCACAACAACCUAGCUGUCCACAGCUAUAUAUUUACAGCUCUGCAGAUAGAGUCAUUCCUGCCGGAUCGGUUGAAUCCUUUAUUGAUGGCCAGCGGAAGAAUGGGCGCAAGGUCAGAGCCUGCAACUUCAUUUCCACACCCCAUGUCGACCAUUUCCGGAAUGACCCAAAAUUGUAUUCUUCUCAGCUCACACAGUUUUUAGAUGAUUGUGUGCUGACUUGCUGCAGAAAUUCUUAAAUAGAUUACUAACUAGUCUAACUCAUUCUUUUCUUUGAUUUCCUUAUUCUUUUGUUUUUGUCUCCAAUUUUUCCAUACGCAUAUGACUUGCUCAUUGAUGUAGAGAUUCAAUUAUUGCUCUUUUUUUUUUAACCUUUCUCCCCUUUUGACCUCAAUUAUUAUCUGUACUCAACUUGGAAAGAGACAGUUAUUCAAUUGUAGAAAUUUUCGAUGUAUUUAAACUACUUGACAUUGUCAUCUUCA